AUGUCUGUAUUAAAACAUUUGGAAGAAAUAGCACAUUAUAUCCAAGAAAAAUAUCCUACAAUAGAAUUUGGAAACAUAAGUGUUUCCAAUGAAGCAAUAAGUGAUAUUUGUAAUGUUAUAUUAAAUAAAGGUAAUUGUAAUAACGCUAAAAAGAAUUUAGUAAAUGCAUUGAAAAGACCCAAUUCAUCUCUCAGAAAGUUAUUAGAAGGUAAGUCAGAUAAUAAGUCACGCUUUCUUAAAAUGCUCAAAGACAAUGGUUAUGCAAAAAAUAAUUUUUGUUCUUUUGAGACAGAGGUUGUAAAUUCACUUUGCAAAUUAUUAAAAAUAAAGUGUAAUCGUAAAAAUCAACUCAACAUAUUUCAGCAAUAUCAAGAUAGUUUCCAAGAAAAUGAAAUUGCUGAUAAUCCUAAAGAAUUAUCUAAAAAAAAAAAUUGUAUGUUAGGUCAAACAACUGAACUAAAUAGGGGUGCGGUAGUGUAUGUAAAGAGAAAAUUGUUUACAGAUGAUUCUCCUAAAAAGGAAAACAAUUAUACAUGUAAUGACAUUGCAGAUAAUAUGGACAUUGGUUUGAAUGAAAAUUUUCUUGAAAUCAAUGAAGUUAGUUGUAUUACAUAUAGCUCUGGUUUGUUUAGUAUUCCUAUUCAAAUUGAAGAUGAUUGCUGUAAUACAACGGAAGAAAUUGAUAAUAAUAAGAAUACCGUUUCUAUUAAAGAAAUUAAUAUAAACGAGGAAAUGAUUACCACCCCUAAAUGUAAAAUCAAUAUUUCCUCUACUGGAGCUGACUUGUACACCACAGAAAAGAAGUAUGACUCUAUAAUUGUGUGUAACAAGCCAGAAGAAAUCAGCCAUUAUAACAAUACAGUUUCUAUUAAAGCAACUAAUGUCAAUGAGGAAAUGUUAACCACCCCUAAGCGUAGAUUAAAUGUUUAA